UCCAAAAGUGAAGUAGGCAGUUCUUCAAAUUUCUUACUUCCAGAGAACCCAGCAAAGGAAAAAGCAAAGGAUUAUGAUGGCAUUGAACUCAAGAAACCAGCAGGGCAUCAACCAAGUGUUCAUGCACCAUUAAAAGAAAGCAAGGCUGACUUCUUUGAGAAAAAUCAAGAGCACCACUCACCUAAGCCACAGAGCAGAAGUAAAUUUCGAGACCAACCCAGUAUAGUGAAGCAGUCACAGAAGCAGUCACAGCGUUUGGCCAAAAAGGAUGGUGGAUCAAAGACUGGAUUUCGAAAGAGAUGGACUUUACUGGUUCUGUUAAUUGUCGCACUGGCAUUGUGUGUCUGGUGGACGGGAAUGUUAACAAUGUCAACAACAAAGUCAAGUAGAACUACUCAAAUUCUGCAAGUGUUUCGGGCCCGGAUGGAUAAACUCAAAGAAACGUAUCGAAGUCAGGACCCCAGUCUGUGGAGAAAAACCCACAUGUUCCUUGAGAAAUACCUCAACGUUUCCCAGCCGCACACGAAGCCAGCCAUCUUACUGUUCACAGCUGGCCGAGAAGCUGAGAAAGCGCUAAGGUGCCUCAGUAAUGAGAUUGCUGAUGCUUUUGCCUUCUCCCAGAAUGCUACUGCAAUCAAAAUUAACGGGGCAGACAAAGCCGAAAUGGAUAGUGACGAUGUUAAGAUGGAAGUAGAUAACCAGCUCAGCUCUGGGUUCAGCAAAGGCAAGAAGGUAGCAGUGGUGCAUCGUUUUGAGUUACUGCCUGCAGGCUCCACCUUGAUCUUUUACAAGUACUGUGACCAUGAAAAUGCAGCAUUUAAGGAUGUGGCUCUUCUGCUGACUGUUCUCCUGGAUGAGAAGUCACUGGGAAAGAGCCUUACUGUGCCAGAACUUGAGGAGAAAGUGAGGGAUUUCCUCGAGACCAAGUUCACCAGUUCGGAUGUUCCCAGUUCUUACAAUAGCAUGGAUACAGAUAAGCUGAGUGGACUGUGGAGCCGUAUCUCUCACCUUGUGUUACCUGUUAGGCCUGAAGAGGGCCUUCCUAUGGAGGGAUGCACAUAAAAGUUCUUAGAGAGGACUCUGGAAAGGAGGAAGACAAAAAAUAUGUUGUAAUGGCUGAACAGGGAAAAACCUACUGUGGCUGCUGAGCUCAGGCAGCACAAAGUCCUUUCUGUGCAAAGAAAUUUCACCAAGUAGCAGGAUUGCUUCUACUAAAGUAACUGGGACUUCUCUAAAUAAACUGCAGAACAUAAACAAGGAACUUGAUUGUUCUUGGUAAGUUGUCUUCAGUAACUUACUCAGGUUUGGUGUCCUGCAGUUAGAAGCAAGCAUCCACAACUGCAGAAACACUCAUCUGCUCAUGAAACUGUUUUGGUGCACUGUUGGCUUUGCUGUGAAGAUCAGAUCCCUUUCUGCUGGUGGAUAAAAGCUAAUAUCACGUGUAACAUGGUAAUGGGAUGUAAAAACAUCAGCUUCAUCUUCCAGAAUUGCUUACUUUUCUUAUAAUGCAGUGAAAAUGAUAAAGUGACGUGGGUCUAAACACAAGUUUUUUCUUGGUCCCUUUAACUACAGCGUAGAUGUCAGCUGUCUCUGGAGACUUCUAGAAAUGGUGAGAAUUGCUUGAGAGAUUUGUGACUUUUGGAGGACCUUUCAGCAAGCAUUUCUUUCUAAAAUGAGACAGCCCCAACCAGUCAGGAGAGUGAGAAAAGCUGGAGUUCAGACAUUAAUUUGAAGUUAGUAGUAGAUGUCAGGUAAAUGAUCCCUUAGUUCCUCUUUGCCUCACUGUGUCCAAGAAUUCUCUGCUGUUUGUCAAAGUUUUGCGAGUCUUAAAACUUGGAGAAAAAUGAAAAAGUCAGCCACAUGUGUACUAAAGACAUGUUACAUCUUUCCAAACAAAAGUUUAGGAAGAUGUAAUUAUUUCUUCCUUUAAUAAGAUAACUAUUUUUGCAUCGAGAGAAUUUAUUUAUUUGUGGUACUCGGUAUACUAGAAAACAGAUCUUUUUUCAUGUGUCUGCAUAUAACCUGCUGCUUGCUGCAUAAGCUUUUAGUGAAGAACAGAUUUGCAACGCGUGUUUUUAAAACAUAUUUUUAGAGUGCCUCCUGCCAAGAAUCCCUCAUAUCAGACUAAAAACAUGUAUGUGUUUCUAUUGUAAAUAUUUUGUGUAAAAAAAAAAAAAAAGUGAAUUGCAGCACUUCCAUUUCAUUGCUGUUAGUGUAUGCUCUUGAACCACUGGUCUAAGUGCAUUCAGUUUUAUUGAGUUUGAAUGAAUGUGUGAAGACUGUUCUCAAAUUAGUGGGACAUUUUCUUGUAUCAGCUGAGAUUAGUGGUUCUUGGACCUAUCCUUUAUUCACAAGUCCCUUGAGCUGUCCUGUAAACAUCCUCGUUAACUAGGAAAACCUCUUGGAGGUGCUGGAGCUUCUGACUUCUCUGCGCAAGCAAAGGUUUGGGGUGUGAUGUGGAAUUGACCAAAAUCACCUUAAGCAUAUAAAUAAACAUAAAAGAACACAGUUUGAGAGACACAUAACUGUGGUCACUUAAAGCAGUGGUUAAUUUGUUUUGACCACUGAGGUCCAGCAUUGACAUGGAAGUGCUGCUGUUCCAGAUGUUUAAGAAUAGCUCAGGAAGGACAAGAUGGCAUUCACAUUUUGAACAUUUCACUGGACAAAUGCAUUUUUAAAAAAAACAAACUGUGAUUUAUUUCUGAGUGUACCCUGAUAGCAUAUCUGCUUGUAUAUUAUGUAAACUAUUUUAGUAAUCAUUAAAAAUAAAUUUACCUGUUUGUUUUAUAAAACA